AUGGUCCCAGCGGGAAACCCAGAGAAAUCUCACGACGAAGAUCAGUAUCUAUCCCUCAUCCGAGACGUUCUUGCCAGGGGAGAGGUGCGGCCAGACAGAACUGGUACUGGGACCCUCUCUAUCUUCGCACCGCCCUCUCUGCGGUUCUCCCUCGCGAACAACACCCUACCCUUGCUCACUACAAAACGUACUUUCCUCCGCGGCAUCCUUGAGGAACUCCUCUGGUUCAUCCACGGCUCGACCGACUCGAAGCUCCUCUCCGCCAAGGGCAUCAAGAUCUGGGACGGUAACGGGAGUAAAGAGUUUUUGGAGAAACGUGGGUUGGGGCACCGCCGCGAGGGAGAUCUUGGACCCGUGUACGGCUUCCAGUGGCGGCACUUCGGCGCACGGUACACGGACUGUGAUGCGGACUACAGUGGGCAAGGCGUCGACCAGCUCGCAGAAUGCAUCCGCAAGAUCAGGGAGGACCCAACGGACCGUCGCAUCAUUCUGAGUGCGUGGAAUCCUGCAGACAUCCCACUCAUGGCACUCCCACCCUGUCACGUUCUCUGCCAGUUCUACGUACACCUACCUCCACCAGACGCGCCCAACGCGCCGCGACGGCUCUCGUGUCUACUCUACCAGCGCUCCGCAGACUUGGGGCUCGGCAUCCCCUUCAACAUCGCGUCAUAUGCGCUGCUCACCCACCUCGUUGCGCACCUUACGCAGACAGAGCCCCACGAGCUCAUCAUCCAGCUCGGUGACGCGCAUGUGUACCGCGAUCACGUCGACGCGCUAAAGGAGCAGUUGGAGCGGACGCCACGCCCAUUCCCAACGUUGCGGUGGAAUAGGCGCGUCGAGGACGUGGAUGAUUUCAAGGCCGAGGACAUCACGGUGGAAGGGUAUCAGCCAUAUCCACCUAUCGCGAUGAAGAUGAGCGUAUAGGAGCGGUAGGGUUUAUGCUGGAGUCGGGAUUGUUACGGCGUCCUACCUGUAUUUUUCUCAGUGUAUUGCAUGUCAGUCAAUGAUGCUGUAAGAACAGCUUCCGUCGCAAUCGGAGAAUGCAGUGAUAAUUCACUGUUAACUUGUG